CAAUGUUGGGCCCACCAAUAAUGCAGGGGUAGUUUUGUCAUUCGGCAGGCCGACGAGUUAUAUCCGUUAGGACCGUUACUCCGCCCGCAAAUAAGGAGGGGAAAGAGGCGACAUGAGCGUUUUACAAUUACACCCUCCCACCCAACCAAUUUCAAUUCUGCAUUUAAAUUCAUCUGAUCCUAAUGAAGACGAAGAAGCUAAUCUAAGAAGGUAAAUUCAUCCCUGCGAUCGCCGCUAUGGACUUUUCCGACGAGAAUUACGAGCCGAAAUCGACUCCGAAGCUCUCCCUGACAAAACUCCCGACCAGAAACAGAGUAGCCCUGACAUCCCUCACGCCGCCGCCUCACGCGGCGGCUUCCGUGCCUUUCCAGUGGGAGGAAGCGCCUGGAAAACCGCUGUCCUCCGCCGCCGGAGAUAUUCCACCGCCGCCGGUCUGCAGGAGCCUGGACUUGCCUCCGAGGCUUCAGGCGGCGGUGGACCUGUCCGACGACUUCAGCCGGUCCUCUAUGUCUUCGUUCUCGUCGUUCCGCAGCCUCGACGAUGCGCUCGUCGUGAGGAUAAUGAGGCGAGAGAGCAAGGAGGGAUCCGCGUCGUUCUCGCCGCCGCUAACGCCGGCGGGAGGGGAACAUCAGCCGGGAUUGAAGGAUGAGAGCAGAGCGGCGACGGCUGGGGCUAUCGGCAAGGGCAAUUUGGACUUUUCGUUCUCGUUUUCGUUACGGGACGGUAGUUGUAACGGCGGCGCGAAGAAGGUGGCACGUGGUGGGAGAAAAAGCAGCCUCUUGACUUCCUCACAUACUUCUAGUCGUCUCUUGACACGCAUUUAUGAAAGUUUUAAGCACGCGGUCCCGCUGUGGAGGAAGAAAGCCUGAAUGAACCAUCUUCAAGUUGGGCCGGGCCGAGCUGGACUGGUUAUAUAUAUCAUGUUUUCGUGAUCUUUGGUCGUUGUUUUUAACUAUUAAUUAUUAAAAGUUCAAAAAGAUACUCCGAGUACAUUAUUAUAUAAUACAGAGGCCACAUUAUGAUGGGGUAUUUAUAUAUAUAAAUAUAACUAUGGAAUUGAA